CUUUCUCAGCUCAGUAUAUGAUCCAUCUGCUCCAUACACAGCUUCCUGGACCAUCCUUCACAAGCUAAUUCCAUACACAGAGUAUAGACCCAGCUGUCAACAUGACCAUUUUGAACCGGGAAAACAUGAGGUCUCAACCAGCAGCCCUGCUGCUGUUCCUCCUCCUCCUGUCGGGCUUUGUGUACUCCAUCGCCGACCCCUCCAUCACCACCUCCACCGACCCAUCCUUCAUCCGCGAGUGCCUAACCGUGCACAACCAAAUCCGCGCCGUGCACUCCGCAGCACCCGUAUCCUGGGACGCCCAUCUCGCGUCCGUAGCGCAGGAGUACAGCUCGACAUGUCCUCAGCCGCACUCAUCUCCGCCCGGAAUGGGCGAGAACAUCGGGUGGGGCCUGUCUGCCACAGAUGCGCUCAAUCGGAUGUACGACGAGCGGCGGCUCUACGACUGGAGCAACCCGCAGUGGGCCAAGGAGACGGGCCGCUUCUCCGCCAUCGUCUGGAGAAACACUUCCCGUGUCGGAUGCGCGCUGACACACUGCACGGCCGUAUGGGCUGCCCGGGGAUUUAGCGCGGAGCUCCCGUACGAGCUUGUUUGCGAGUACUCUCCGAAGGGCAACAUCCAGGGCAGGUUCCCCGAGAACGUUGUUCCCGAA